UAUAUAUAUAUCCUAAAGCUAGCUAAGUUCUCCUUCAUUCCACCACAGAAAGAACCUUUUAUAAACAUGAUCAAUCUUUUGUUCACCGUAGUAUUCACCGAAAUGGUUUUGAUCCUGAUCCUUUUGUUUAGGACCCCUGUAAGGAAGCUAGUGAUCAUGGCGAUGGACCAGUUGAAGCAAGGGAAGGGUCCGUUGGUGGCGAAAACUGUGGCGACAACCUUGAUUGUGGUGUUCACUUCCGUCUUGCACAACGCGCUGCAGAUUAGGAAACGUUUGCUAGAUGCCGGCGCGGUUAAUUCUGCCGACGAGGUUCUUAUGGUAGAACGCAUCCUGGAGGCAUCUCUUCUAGGAUUUUCUCUGUUUCUGGCAAUGAUGAUAGAUAGACUACAUUGCUAUAUCAAAGAACUACUUCAGGUUAGAAAUGAAUUGGAAGCGGUGAAAAGAUUAAACUAGCUGGAUUUUAAAGACAAGAAAAGCAGCAGCAGGAGAAGAAGACGUCAAACUGAUCUGACUCCAGAACAUGAAAGAAAGGCAAACUAAAGGAAGCAAAGGCUCCGAAAAGAAUCAAACAUCUGUACAUACAAGGAUGUGAUCACCCUUCAUCUCUCUCUCUAACAUAAAAUCUAUCAAUAAUAUUUAAUAAUGCUACAGAAUUUAUACUA